AUAUAUAUAUAUAUAUAUUAUUAUGUAUAUAUCAAAUUCAUUCUCUGGUUUGUAUCCGUUUUACAUCAUAGGAGUGUAGUUUAUCAAAGAUGACCAACGUACCAAGGUCUCUGAGUUACUCUUCUCUAACCCUAUUCAAGCAAGCCAUCGCAGCCUCAGAUCCUUGGCCGUUUUCCUUCAUUUUCUUGUAAGAUUUUCUAUAGGGGAGAAGAUCAACAGCCCUAGGGUUUGUCUUGGUCUUCAUCUUCUCGCCUUUGUUUGUUGGUUUUUCUAUUAAUAUUUUUCAGAUAUGGGUAGCGGAGAGAGAAGUCUGAGAAAUUUCCAUCGGCACCUGCCGCAUCUUCACCACCACCAUCAUCACGGUGGGAAGAAACAAGUGAUUAGAGAUGUUCCAAAAGGGUGUUUGGCAAUCAAGGUAGGCCAGGGAGAAGAGCAACAGAGGUUUGUGGUGCCUGUGAUUUACUUCAAUCACCCACUCUUCAUACGGCUCUUGAAGGAAGCGGAGGAAGAGUAUGGGUUUGAUCAGAAGGGCACCAUCACCAUCCCUUGCCAUGUGGAGGAGUUCAGGUCCGUUCAAGGCAUGAUUGAUAGGGAGAACUCCCUCCACCACCAUCACCACCACCAGCACCACCACCUCCAUGUCGGGUGCUUUAGGGUUUGAUCGUUAAUCCAAUAUUGUGGUUUGAAUCCCACUGCUCUGUAAAUUUCGAGUUUUUGUGUUUGUCUCCUUUUUAGUUGGAAAGUGAUGGCAAAUAUGACGUGAUGAUGAUGAAAAAAGAAUGUGGCUUGCAAUUGCAGUCAUUUUGUUAGUGUUAGGAAUCUUAAUAAUGAUAAAGAGAAAUCAAAAUGCUUUUCUUUA